UAUGUGUUUAAUCACUUUAAUAAUUUUUAAGAAUCUAUAAGGAACAUAUAAGUAUUACAUACGAUAUAUUUUGUGAUGCAAACUUUACUAAAAUUAUACAUAAAUUCAAUUGAUAUAAAUGAAAUCAAACUUAAUAGUUUGCAAGUAGCAGUGUAGUUAGUUUUUGUUUCACCUUAAUUUUUUUAUUCUGUACUAUAUUUUAUGAAAUAAUGAAUGCUAUUGUUGGUUUGUGCCAUUUUUGUGAAGCUCAUGGACCUCGACCAUUAUUCUGUACAUUUACAACAGAUAAUGAGACACACAUAACUGAGUCGUCGAAUUGCGCAGUUCAAUGUAGUGGAUGCACUUCUGUAGGACCUGAAACGGUUUUUGUAUCAAGAGAUGAUGAUGGUAUAAUAUUCUGUAGCCGAGAGACAGUUCCUAAUGCUGAUGUUACUGCUUUCUUAAGACAGGCAGCUCUACGCAGUAUUACUUGUGAAGUAAGUUGGAGCAAAGAAGGUGGAGUGGUUUACUUCAGUGAUACCCAAGGACAUGUCUUGAGUUUAAUGUUUCAUUUGAAAGAUACAAGGGCAAGGGGUCUUAAAAGAUUAUUCUCAAUAGUUGUUCUAAUGAAAGAUAAAAUGUUGCUUCUCAAUAUAACACCAGUACUUUCUGAACACAUGCAGAAAAUUGCAAAGCAACUUCAACUUUCAGCAGAAAUGGUGUAUGAUAAUGAGCAGAGUAUCUGUUCUCAAAGAGCAUUGAGGCUAAAAACAGGGAGAAAUGAUUUUGGCCAGUCUAGAUCUCUCACACAACUCACAGGAGAUGAUGAUAUUUUUAAAAAACUCCAUUCUCAUUUCACAUGGAUGCUAAGGACGGGAGCAGUAACCUAUUCAGAAACACUAUAUACAAGUCAAGAUUUACUUACAAAGUUAAACCCUCAAAUGACAAAUGGGACAAUAUUUGAUAAAAAUGCUUGUUCGCUGACAGAUAAUGAGGAUAGUAUGCCUUUGAGAGAACUAGAAAAUUUACUAACACAUGCUGUGUUUAGGAUAAUUCUAUAUUGUACUUUAAUAGGAAUAAAUAUUGAAAUCAAAUGUCAACAAACAGAUCCAUCAAAGAUAAUUAAUAGUUUAUCAAGAUUAUUGCCAAGCUCAAAUAACCAAACUAGUCUCAAGAUCAGACCAAUAAAUCUGGUUCCCGUUACACAGUCUCCAGAUGUUUGUAUUUUAGAAGAAACCGAUGACAGUAAUUUCACUUGCAAAUGGAGUGGGACAUUACCAACUAAAUGUCCUACUUUGAUGAACAAAAUAAUGAAUGCUAUGACAAAUACAAAAUUCAAUGAUGUGGUUUUACAUCAACAUAUUAAGUCCUUAACAGCAGAAUGGUUAGGAAUUGCUAAUACAAUCAAGAUGGCUUUAUAUUCUGCUGGAAAGCCAGAUGCAGUUACCAAGUUGAAACAAAUAUUAGGAGUCUCACCCAAAGACGAAUUAUUAGUGAAUUAUUGGUCACAAACAUUCUCGUUUAUGAUAUGAUUAUGAAAAUAUUUAUAUACAAAUUGUUAUUAUUAAAUUAUUUUUCAAUAUUAUUACAUAACAUUUAUAAUCCUUAUAAUAAUUUUGAAAAUAGUAUAUAUUGGUUUAAGUAUUUGAUAAUUUUAAAAUCAAAUUAUUUCUAUAAUUACGAACAUUAUAAAAUAGACAUUUUAAAGGCAUU